GUGGGACAAAAAACUCAUCCCCGUGGAUUACGCUUAGGAAUCACUGAAACGUGGGAUUCAAAGUGGUACAGCGAGCGGGAUUAUGCCAAAUGGCUCCAUGAAGAUUUUAAAAUUCAGAAGUUUAUCAAGGAACAACUUGCGCGUGCUGGUAUUUCGCGUAUUGAAAUCGAACGCGUAGCGGACCGUUGCAGCAUUAAUAUUCAUACAGCACGCCCAGGUAUUGUGAUCGGUCGUCGUGGUGCAGAAGCUGAGAAACUACAAGCACUGCUCGAAAAAGAGGUCGGCUGCCCUGUACGGAUUAAUGUCUCGGAGAUUAGAGAACCAGAACUGGAUGCCCAACUCGUAGCAGAAGAUGUCGCAAUGCAAAUAGAACGUCGUGCAGGAUUUAAACAAGCGAUGCGGCGGAAAAUUUCGGGUUCAAUACAAGCUGGGGCAUUGGGUAUCAAAAUCAUGGUAAGCGGUAGACUGGACGGCAAGGAAAUCGCCCGCACUGAAUCCAGUAUUGAGGGACGGGUCCCUCUUCACACCCUCAGAGCGAAUGUUGACUACGGAUUUACGGAAGCAACUACAACAUACGGCAAAAUCGGGGUCAAGACUUGGAUUUUCAAAGGUGAAGCGCCCGUCCGUCGUCAAUCCGGACGGCGUGAGGACGCUGGUUCACAACGUCCUGAACGCCGACGGGGUGACAGGCGUCCCGGCCCCCGACAAUCCGGGGGGGAGCAGGGUAGAGGAAGAGGUCGGCGGCGCCCGCGUCGAAGCGAAGGCGGUCCCGGUAGCAAUUCAUAA